AUGUCAGUUAUUUCUAUCGCAACUGGCAAAUGUGGAAUUUCGAUUUAAGAAAAAGCGUGGAUUACUCUUCUAAAAGAGUAGGGAAUAAAUGAAGAGGGAUUUAUAGAAUGCUAAAAUACUCACUAAGGAAUAAAUGUUUAUUUUGAAGAAGUUAAGUAAGAUGUUUAUAAACCUAGAUCAAUAAUUGCAGAUUUGGAUGACUAAGAAAUUAAUAGAGUUUAAAAUGGAUUUUUAAAGAGGUUAUUUUAAAGCAAUACAAGCUUUUCAAAAUAGGAAAGUAGCCAAAACAUUUUUCCUAGAGGUUACUAUAGUCAUGGAGCAGAAUUAAAAGAAGAAAUAGAAUAUGAGAUAUAAAAAUAAGUAGAGGUUUGUGAUAAAGUAGAUUCUAUAUAGGUAUAGAGGUCUUUAUGUGGAGGAGCAGGCUCAGGUUUAGGAAAUGUGAUUUCUGAUAUUAUUAUGGACAAUUAUUUUUCAUAGAUAAUACAUAAUACUUUGGUACAGCUUCCAGAUAUUAAGGAUGAAAAUAGUUGGAAUACUUUAGAGAUAUACAACACAAUUUUAUCUCUUCAUUCUUUAGUGAUAUCAGAUAUUGUUAUACCUUUUUGCAAUUCGAAUAUUUCUAAUAUGAAUUAAAAUUCUUUCUAAUUGCAAAAAUAAUUUAAUUUUGAUACAAUAAAUAAUGUAGUUUCUCAAAUACAGCCAAAUUUUACUUGUGGAAUUAGAUAUCCUGGAUCAAUUAAUGCAAGUUCAAGAAAGAUAUGUACUAACUUGGUUCCAUUUGCAAGAGUUAAAAUGAUGACAGCAACAUUUCUUCCAUUCAAUUAUUUUCGAUAGAAUUAGAUAAGUUAACUAGAAUUGACUGAUAUGAUUCCUUAGACGUUGAAUGAGAAGAAUUUUUUUUUUGGGUAUGGAAAUCCUAGCAUUAUUACUUCACGUCAUAUUUUUAGAAGUUCUAAUAUAUUUGAAGAGGAAUUAGAAUUAUAAUUAGUGAAACUAUAUUAAAAAUAAGAAAUUCCUGCAUGGCUGCCUAAUUCAUAUUCUUUUUAGUACUGCAAAGUUUCUUCUGCUUUGAACAAAAAUUAAAUUCUAACCCUAAUUCUGAAUAGGAAUAUAUAUAUUUAACUGCAAAUCUAUAAAAAAAAAUUCGAUGAAAUGCUUAAAAAAAGAGCAUUUAUUCAUCAUUAUCUUCAAGAAGGAAUGGAUGAAAUGGAAUUUUAAGAAGCAAAAUAUAACACUGCUGAUUUAAUAACGGAAUACUAAAUCCUUAGCUCAUUUGAUGGAGGUUAAGAAGAAUGA